CCGGUUUUUCAUGAAAAAUUUGCAAUGUUUUUGGUUUAUGUGUUUAAUUUUAAGAGGUUUAAAUCAAAGCUUAAAUCCAAAAAUUACAAAAGUAAGUAGCAAGACUUUAUUGCACAAGGGAAAUGUAGCUCGGCUUGAUUGUUUUGUACAAUAUUUAGGCGAUUAUACGGUAUCAUGGAUAAAAAUAGCUGAUUCUAAUGGCCAAAAAGAUUUUCCAAAUGUACUAACAUCUGGUGGUACAAGAGUAACCCAGGAUACACGAAUUACUAUUAGAAGUGAAACUAAUCAGCAAUAUACAUUAGAAGUACGAGAUAUAAAUGAUGAGGAUUCAGGGGUUUAUCAAUGCCAGAUAUCUACAGAUCCAUUAAUAUAUAAAGAUGUAGAACUUACUGUUUUAUACCCACCAAAAAUAGUAUAUACCCCUUCUGACAUAUAUUCACAAGAAGGAAGCACUGUAAAAUUAAGCUGCAAUGCAACUGGUUCACCAAAACCAAAGAUAUAUUGGAUGCGUCUUGACAAUGACAUCUUACCUAUGGGGGGUCUAAAAUAUUUAGGUUAUGAAAUGAUUCUAAAUAACAUGCAAAGGAGUGACAGAGGUGCUUAUAUAUGCGUCGCCGAGAGUCCUAUUGGCACUCAUCGAAGGGUCGUGUCUGUGUUCAUGGAAUUUGCUCCCAAAAUAAUAACCGAAAAACGCAAUCUUUUGGUAGCGCAAGAUUUGAAUUCAAAGGCGGAACUAGAAUGCGUUGUGGAAGGCACUCCUAAAGCCAACGUUCACUGGACUUACCAAGGAAUGGAAAUCCAUGGAGACUAUUAUAAAACAGCUUUGCUGGAAGAAGGUUAUGAUACAGUUAUCAGCGAUUUAACUAUAAAAAACGUUAAAAAAGGCGAUUUAGGUGAUUACACCUGUGUGGCCGUCAAUAAUUUUGGCAGGGAUGAAAAAACCUUUCGUCUUUUUGAUGCCGUUAAAGGGAAUUCCGGUAUCACCAACCACGAAUCUCUAAAUUAUCAAUAUGUCUUUAUUUUAUCAAUUUUCAUUAUCUACCAAACGUUAUUAUACUCAAAUUUUUGACAAUCUUAAUCUUAACCUAUAUUUAUUUAUCGCAUUUACCAUUAAAUUAUUUAUUAUUUUUUAAAUGACAUCAUGUGAUAUUUUUUGCAUAUUUUUUUUUAAUUAAGAGAAAAUGUAUUUCUAUAUACUUUUUUAAAAAUUUUUUUUUUAUAAACCAAAACAUUUCCGUCCAUUUUUGGGUAAAAUUAUUUAUAUAUAA